ACAAAGAUUUUUGGGAUUUUUAUUUUGAAAAAAAGGGUAACAGUUGAUUUUGUUUUGCCACUUGGCGUAAUUUCAUUUAUGGGGGGCAGUGACCAAGAAGUGGGGUAACUGUGGAGGGUGCCAAACUAAAGACAACAAAUAAACCAAAGUACAGAGUAACUGCAAGUCCCACAACUCACAAAUGCAAGGGAAGAUCAGGAAAUGAAAUGAAGUCCUACCCUCCUUUUUCUUUUUCAUCCUCUCUCUCUCUCCUCGUCAUAUUUUCAACAAGAAAAGCUGAAGUGUCUUUGACGUGUAGUGGAAUGUGGUGGAAAAUGAGCAUAACAUAAUGGACCAACAUGUUAAAGCAAGAAAAUGUAACAAUUCAACAAACCCAUCUGGGUUUUGAUCCUCUAAUCUUCCAAAAAAACAAAAACCCCACUCUUUUUGGUGGUUUGAAGGUAAACACCAUACACCAUAUGACCAUUAUUUUCAAUUUUCUAAGCCAGUUCUCACUGUUUCCAUUUUUUUUAAUCCACCUUUUUUCUUUUAAAGACCUGGAUUUUGCUUUAGAUUCAAGUUCUCUUUUUUACUCACCUCUUUGCUUUCUCCUUUCUCUACCUUGUCUUUCACUAAGAAUUGGUUAUCUAACUCCUUUCUUUGUCACAGCAAGAAAAAAAGGUCAGUUUUUUUUUUUCUUGCUAUGGCAAUUAAGGGUCUAACUUGGAAUAUCCUUUUGUCUCCUGUAAUUUGGUGACUGUGCAUUCAUGUGAAUUUGGUGCUGUUUCUGAUCUGGGAUUCAUCAGACUCUGUUGUUUCUGCAUAUUUUUCAUUCUCUUUCUGGCAAAAGCCUGCCCGAUUGGUUAGCAAAUAUAAUUUUACAUAAUGGGUUGGCUGACCAAGAUUUUUAAAGUUUCAAGUAAUAAAGGGCGAUAUUAUGGGAGAUAUGGAAAUGAUAGAACGUGGGAUGAGCCUCGCCAUUCAGCGGAAGACUCAGAUGGUUUUGACAAAGAUGAAAUUGAUUGUGCUGUUGCACUUUCCCUUUCAGAAGUAGACCAAACAGGCAAGAAAGUAAUAGAGGACGAGUCUGAACCGGAGGAGGAAUCAGAUGAGGAGGAACAAGAUACUAAAGGUCAUGUAGAGGAUGAGGAUGACCAAUAUGCUGAAUCUCAUGAGGAGCAGGAAGAUGACAGAUAUGCUAAAGCUCAUGUAGAAGAAGAGGAUGACCAAUAUGCCAUAGUUCAACCGGAAGGGGAUGAAGAACAUGCUAAAGUUCAAUUGGAAGAAGAUGAGCAACUUGCUAAGGCUAUUCAAGAAAGUUUGCAUGUGGAGUCUCCAUCUCGUAAUGAUCAUUUGGGUUUAUUUUCACCUUAUCCCUUCUUUUCAGCUAGUUACAGAAUCUGUGCUGGUUGCAAUGCCGAGAUUGGCUAUGGGCGAUACUUGAAUUGCUUGAGUGCUUUUUGGCAUCCAGAAUGUUUUCGCUGUCAUGCUUGCAACCAGCCAAUUAAUGAUUAUGAGUUCUCAGUUUCAGGGAAUCACCCUUUUCAUAAAUCCUGCUUUAAAGAGCAGCAUCAUCCGAAAUGUGAUGUUUGCAAGAAAUUUAUACCAACAAAUCCAGCUGGUCUUAUUGAGUAUCGAGCACAUCCCUAUUGGAUGCAAAAGUACUGCCCGUCGCAUGAGCAUGAUGGCACUCGUCGCUGUUGUAGUUGUGAAAGAAUGGAGCCAACAGAUGCAAAAUAUUUAUCACUUGAUGAUGGUCGGAAGCUGUGUCUAGAGUGUCUAGAUUCUGCAAUUAUGGAUACUCAUGAAUGCCAGCCUCUUUACCUUGAAAUCCAAGAAUUUUAUGAAGGAUUAAAUAUGAAAGUGGAACAACAGGUCCCUCUACUUUUGGUUGAGAGGCAAGCUCUAAAUGAGGCCAUGGAGGGAGAAAAGAAUGGGCAUCAUCACUUACCAGAAACUAGAGGACUCUGCUUGUCCGAAGAACAGACUGUUACCACUGUCUUAAGGAGGCCUAAGAUUGGGGCAGGCUAUCGGUUCAUAGACAUGAUAACUGAACGUCACAGGCUAAUUCGUCAAUGUGAAGUUACAGCCAUUCUCAUUUUGUAUGGUCUUCCUAGGUUGCUGACAGGAACUAUCCUAGCUCAUGAGAUGAUGCACGCCUGGCUCAGGCUUAAAGGUUACCCUAAUUUGAGUCCAGAGGUUGAGGAAGGUAUAUGUCAGGUUUUGGCGCACAUGUGGCUGGAUUCUGAGAUGUACGCUGCAUCAGGAAGUGAUGCUGCUUCAUCGUCAUCAUCUUCAUCAUCGUCAUCAGCAUCAUCCUCUUCCUCAUCGUCAAAGAAAGGCAAGCGGUCUGACUUUGAGAAGAAACUUGGUGGUUUUUUCAAGCACCAGAUCGAGUCAGACACAUCCACAGCUUAUGGAGAGGGAUUUAGGCAAGGUAUUCGUGCAGUGAACAAGUAUGGUCUUAAAAGAACCCUUGAUCAUAUUCAGAUGACAGGAAGCUUUCCUUUCUGAUAUACAAACUGAACAAUAACCUGUCUUUCCCUUUAAAUCAUUCAAGAACCGGCAUCCUAUCAUAUUAAAUCAUAUAUGAUCCAAAGCCAUACAGGUUAAUACAGGAUAAAACUUAAUAAGCAAAAUGAAAAUGUUCAUCUGCAACUAUUGUAAUUUUCCCCUCACAUAGUAUGUUACUUGUUACUACACUGUACUUGAGUACUUGUGAACCAUGAGAAAUAGAAUCCCACCAAUACGUAUAGUAUAUUUUACAUUGUACACACCUUUUUAUUUAUUUUUUUUAUAGUAUAUCAUGUAUUAUAAUUGAGAUGCAAUUAUAGUGCUCAAUGCAGGUCCAGUCUGAAUUU